AUGGCCAGAAGUCUUCGCCUCAAAGGGGUCCUGCUCCUUCUGCUGGUCGCGGGGCUCGUAUAUGUGAUCAACCCGCCCCGGGACAGGAUCGUGCUGGGGCUGGAUCUCCAGGGCGGCAUCCAUCUCGUCAUGCGGGUGCAUACCGAGGACGCGGUGCGGGUCCUGACCGACGAGACUGCCGAGCAGUUCGCGGAACGCCUCGACAACGAGGAGAUCGACUUCGCAGACGUGGAGACGGAGGGACUCGGACAACUCACCAUCCUGAAUCUGGACGAUUCCCGCCUCCGCGAGGUCCGGGACAUCGUCGCCUUCAGUUGGCCGGGCUGGGAUCUCCGCAGCGCCGGCGGCGGCGACUGGUCGUUCAGCCUGCGCCCCAGCGAAGAAAUCGUGGUCCGCGAACAGACCGUGUCCCAGGCGAUGGAGACCAUCCGGCGGCGCGUCGACGAGUUGGGUGUCGCGGAACCGGUGAUCACGACCCACGGGAACACCGGCGACCAGAUCCUGGUGCAGUUGCCCGGCUACGAGGACGUCGCGCGGGCAAAGGAGAUCAUCCAGGCAACGGCCCAACUGGAACUCCGGCUCGUGCAAGCGGGGCCGGCGAUCGACCAAGCGGUGCUGCCGCCGCUGAGCAGCGCGCUGGAGAACAUCCCGACGGAACUGCCGACCGGCGCUAUCGGCUACUACCAAGUGAACCGGGUCGCCGCCAUCACCGGCCGUGAUCUCAGAAACGCCCGGCAGGCGAUCGACUUCCAAACGAAUACGCCCAAUGUGGAGUUCAGCCUGCAUGCCGAGGGAGCUUCCCGGUUCCGCGAGUUCACGGGCGCCAACGUGGGCCGUCAGAUGGCGAUCGUCCUCGAUGACCUUGUUGUCUCGGCUCCCGUCAUCCAGAGCCCGAUCUACGACCAGGGCCAGAUCACCGGAAAUUUCACGGUCGAUGAGGCGGUCGAUCUCGCGCUCGUCCUGCGCGCCGGAGCGCUACCGGCAUCUCUCGAGUACCAGGAGGAACGCACCGUAGGACCCUCCCUCGGCGCGGACUCGAUCCGGAGCGGCGUGACCGCUUCGCUGGUGGGUCUGGCCGGCGUCUUGCUGUUCAUCCUCUUCUACUACCGGCUCUCCGGGGUGAACGCCGUCACCGCCCUGGUCCUGAACCUCCUCAUCCUGCUCGGGGCGAUGGCCUACUUCGCAGCCACGCUGACGCUUCCCGGGAUCGCCGGGGUCAUCCUGACGAUCGGUAUGGGAGUGGACGCAAACGUCCUCAUCUUCGAGCGGAUCAAGGAGGAGAUGCGGACCGGCAAGCCCCCGCGCACCGCGAUCUCGGUCGGGUUCUCCCGCGUCUUCUGGACGAUCGUGGACGCGAACAUGACCAGCCUGGUGGCCGCGGCGAUCCUCUUCCAGUUCGGCACCGGACCGGUCCAGGGAUUCGCGGUGACCCUCAGCAUCGGACUCAUCAGCAACGUCUUCACCGCCAUGUUCGUUUCGCGCUACAUCUUCGACCUGGUGCUCUCCGGACGGCGCCAGGUCCCGGCGCUCAGCAUUUAG